AUGGCGGAGUAUAUGAUGAAGAUAAACUAUUACCCGCCGUGUCCUCGGCCGGAUUUAGCCUUGGGAGUACCGGCACACACUGAUCUCAGUGGAAUCACUCUGCUCGUCCCUAACGAAGUUCCUGGACUUCAAGUUUUUAAAGACGAUCACUGGUUCGACGCCGAGUACAUUCCUUCCGCCGUCAUUGUCCACGUCGGCGAUCAGAUUCUGGUCUGCAUUUUUAUAAUCAUGCGCGCAUCUUAG